UGAAACCUCUCAUUUUCGCCCCACUCUGGUUAUAAUGUUUUCAAGCUAGACGAUGUCUGACAACGCAGAAUCUCCCACAGAACCACAGAAAGAAGAAUCUUCUCCCCAGAAUGUCGCAUCAGAUUCCGGAGACACUGCAAAGACGGGAGAAAGGAAAAAGAUCGAUGUGCUGUUGAAGGCAGUAGGAGACACUCCUAUAAUGAAGACUAAGAAAUGGGCAGUAGAGAGAGAGAGGACCAUUCAGUCUCUGGCUCAGUUCAUCUCACGCUUUCUUAAACUCGAGCCCAACGAACAACUGUUUAUUUAUAUCAAUCAGUCCUUCGCUCCAUCACCAGAUCAGGAAGUGGGUGUCCUGUUUGACUGUUUUGGCAGUGAUGGGAAACUGGUUCUUCACUACUGCAAGUCACAAGCCUGGGGAUGACACACACACACACACACACACACACACUUGUCAGUUUUUUAUAAUGACCAAAUACUUUUCUUUUUGUCUUUAUGUAAUAAAUGUAAAUAAAUUAUUAUGAACGUA